CUAGUAUUCCUAAUGAUUUGAAUAUCAUAUCUCAAGUACCUACUCUUGAUAUUAUAGAUGAAUAUUCUAAUACUUCAAAGUCUAUUUGGGAAUAUUUUACUAAAAUAAAAAAAAACAACAAAAUGAUUGCGAAAUGCAAGCAUUUUAAAAAUUCUAAGUAUAGUAUUACUAAUGGUACAACUAUUAAUUUAUGGGGUCAUCUUAAAAAUGCAUAG